AUGGAUUUACCUCUUGGAUAUAAGCCUUCAGUUUCUGUUAUUCAGGGGGAGAAGUUAGUAUGUCGUUUGAAUAAAUCCAUCUGCGGUUUGAAACAAGCUUCCCGACAAUGGUUUGCAAAAUUUUCUCAUUCCCUUAUUCAGUUUGGUUUUCAGCAGUCUAAAUCUGAUUAUUCUUUGUUUACCAAAGGUAAUGGUUUUUUUUUUGUGGCUCUUCUCGUUUAUGUGGAUGAUAUCAUCAUUACUGGUCCGGAUUUGACUGUUAUAGACUCUCUGAAGUCUUUUCUUCAUAGUCAAUUUAAGCUGAAGGAUCUUGGCAGAUUGAGGUAUUUUCUUGGCCUUGAAAUUGCUCAAUCUAAGAGUGGGAUAUUUCUUUCUCAAAGACAUUACACCCUACAAAUCUUAGAAGAUACUGGUUUUCUUGGUUGUAAACCUGUUCAUCUGCCUAUGGUUCACAAUCUUAAACUAAGUAUGCAUGAUGGUGAGCUCCUUGAGGAUCCAUCAAUCUAUCGACGUCUUAUUGGCCAGUUACUAUAUCUUACCAUUUCUCGACCUGAUAUCACAUUCACAGUUCAUAAGCUUAGUCAAUUUGUCUCUCAUCCUCGCAAGCCCCAUUUAGAUGUCGUCCAUCACUUGUUACAGUACCUAAAAUCCACUCCGGGUCAAGGUUUAUCAUUUUUAGCUUCUUCUUCUUUACAGCUUCGGGCAUUCUCAGAUGUAGAUUUGGGUUCAUGCUUGGAUACCCGUCGUUCAGUUACUGGUUUUUGUGUAUUUCUUGGUGAUUCUUUGGUCUCGUGGAAGUCUAAGAAGCAAACCACGAUGUCUCGGUCCUCAGCUGAAGCUGAAUACCGUGCUUUAGCUUCUACUGCCAGCGAGAUUACUUGGAUUAAUCAGAUUUUGAUGGAUUUUCAUGUUUUUAUUUUAUCUCAUGCUUUGCUGUUUUGUGACAAUCAAGCUGCCAUGCACAUUGCCAACAACCCUGUCUUUCAUGAUCGUACGAAACACAUCGAGCUUGAUUGCCAUUUUAUUCGGGACAAAGUGGUUGCUGGUCAUAUCAAACUUCUUCCUAUCCGCUCUCAGCAUCUAUUGGCAGAUUUGUUUACUAAAGCUCUCCUAGCUCCUCAAUUGUUCUCUUUAUUAUCUAAGAUGGCUGUUGUUAAUCCUCAUGGUCCAUCUUAA